AUGGUGACACCGACUGUCCUGCGGGUUUGGUUGCAGGAGGAAGUAGACUUUGAAAAAGGAGGUCACAGAGGACUCACAAGCAUGACUGAUGUUGUUUUGGAGAGAGGAGGCUCCCAACGAGAAAAGGGGUCAUCAUCAAAGCUGACUGUCUGUGAACAGAGUAUUUGCCAAGCCCGGGCUUCAGUUAUGGUCUAUGACGAUACCAGUAAGAAAUGGGUGCCAAUCAAACCUGGACAACAGGGAUUCAGCAGAAUCAACAUAUACCACAACACGGCCACGAACACCUUUAGGGUAGUUGGAGUUAAACUGCAAGAUCAACAAGUAGUGAUUAAUUACUCAAUUGUGAAAGGACUGAAGUACAACCAAGCAACGCCUACCUUUCAUCAAUGGCGCGAUGCACGGCAGGUCUAUGGCUUGAAUUUUGCAAGCAAAGAAGAGGCUACCGCGUUCUCCAAUGCAAUGCUGUUUGCUCUGAAUAUCAUGAACUCACAAGACGGAGGUCCAGCUGCCCAGCGCCAGGUCCAGAAUGGGCCAUCUCCAGAUGAGAUGGAAGCACAGAGAAG